AUGGGCAUUCUCCAAAGCAGAAGCAUUGAGCAUCCUCAAGUUCAGCUCUCAAACAACCUCAAGCACCAGAUCUCCCAAAGGGUGUGGAAAAAAUUAUAUCUUCCCCUAUUCGCUAACAGUAUUCUAGAUGUUUUAAUCUCUACUGGAAUGAUCAUCAAGAUGGUUUGUGUGCUUGUGGUCUGGCUCCAUCUCAGGGCUGGUGUUAGUCGAUCUGCAGCAAACACUAUCCUGCAAGCAUUUCAGUUUAUCAUCUCCACAAUGAUUCAACUCAUUGAAGCAGCUCUUUGCUCAUAUGGCAUCAAUAUCAAGCUACCAGAAUUCAAACUCUCUCAUGACCUCUGUUCAGCAUAUGGGCAAACUUUUCCUGAACCAGAUAUCAUCAGGACAGCUUGUUGCCCAUCUUGUUUUGCUCUUUACUCAGCCCCAAUUCCUUUGAAGUGUCAGUGGAAGGAGUCUCCGAGAUCUCACGCCUGCAAUACAGAUCUUUGGAAAUCUCAGAAUACAUCCAGAGGACCAAAAUUGGUCCCCAGACAGCUCUAUACUACACAGUCUUUUGAUUCCUGGCUUUCUUUCUUUCUGUCUUGCCAGAUUAUCGAAGAUGCACUUGAUGAAAGCUUUCGGCAAUGUGGAAAUUCUACAGCUGCACUUGGUGGAGAUAUGCAUGAUGUUCAUGACAGCCCUGCCUGGCGAGAUUUGACAGGCCUUUUUUCUACUGCUCGCCAUCUGGUCUUUGGGAUAUAUAUUGAUUGGUUUAAUCCUUUUACAAACAAGAUUGCUGGAAAGCAUGCAUCUUGUGGUGCCAUUGUUCUUUAUUGUCUGAAUCUUCCUCCACACUUGCGCUAUCUGCCUGAAAACACAUUUAUUGUUGGCCUCACUCCCCCACCAAAUGCACCAGAUAUGAUCACCAUCUCCCACAUUAUUGAACCCCUCAUUGAUUCUGUUCUCAAAUAUGCCACUCCUCCAGGUCAAUGCCUUCCUACAUUUCGACAUCCUGCUGGUGUUUGGUUUCAGAUAAAAGUUGCACCCCUUAUUUCUGAUAUAGAGGCAAGUCACAAGGCUGGAGGAUUUAUGGCUCAUGCUCAAGUAUGGCUGAACACAGCAACAAAAUCUGGUCGCAAAGCUCAGGCUCAAUCUACUGGGGUGCGGUGGACUCCUCUUCACCAUCUGCCUUACUGGGAUCCUGUUAAACAUGUUCUUCUUGGGUAUAUGCACAACUGGCAGGAAGGAGUGUUAAAACAUCAACUCUGUGUUCUGUGGGCCAUUGGGCCACAAGAAGGUUCUCAGAAUACUGGUCAGGGAAUUGACGAGGAGGAACAGUGGACUGAAACAGAUGUAUCUGAGUCUGCAAGUGAGCUUGAUGAGUUACAUCGAGAGGCAGCAGAGGCAGAAGCAGCACCACUCCACCAAAACCCUUCAUUCUCAUCCCAGCAUUCUGGCCGAUCUUCAACACUCUCUCGAACACCAACUCAAGAUGAACCACAUCCCUAUGCAUUUGACAUGCAGGAUGAGGAUGAUGAAGUUACUGGAGAUCCAGAUUAUAUUCCUGACACCAAAGAACACUUUACCUUCAUGGAUGCACAGCUUCAAGCGAUUCGAAACUGCAUUUCUAAUGUUACUCUCCCAACAUGGGCACAGCGACCUCCAACAAACCUUGGAGAACCAAGUCACGGGAAGCUGAAAGCUCAUGAGUACCUUAUGCUCUUCAGCUGUAUCUUUCCGCUUAUAAUUCCAGAGUUCUGGCACUCUGAAACAAUGACAAAUCUUCAGCACCAACAUCUCCAAUCCUUUCACCAUCUUGUUGCAGCCACAAACAUACUAUCAUCCUUCAAGACUUCUAAUGCCAGUGCUGAUGAAUACACUGGUCACUACAUUCAAUAUCGGAUGCUUUGCUGCAAGAUGGACUACAAGAUGGUAGAAUGA